CGUUCCUCCAGCAGGGGGAGGUAACGGGGCUGUUCCAUCGUUCCUCCAGCAGGGGGAGGUAACGGGGCUGUUCCAUCGUUCCUCCAGCAGGGGGAGGUAACGGGGCUGUUCCAUCGUUCCUCCAGCAGGGGGAGGUAACGGGGCUGUUCCAUCAUUCCUCCAGCAGGAAGCAGCUGUUGUUGUUGGUAUUUAACGGUGUCGGUGAUCUUUGGGCUUUAACGGAUCUAACGGAUCCAUCCAGACGGACCGGAGAUGUAUUAUUAUCGCUAUGACAACGCUGAGGUCAGCUGCUGCUACAAAUACCUGAUGUUCAGCUACAACAUCAUCUUCUGGCUGGCUGGAGUCGCCUUCAUCGCGGUGGGUUUCUGGGCGUGGAGUGAAAAGGGAGUCCUGCUGGACCUGACCCAGGUGACCCGGCUGCACGGGUUCGACCCGGUCUGGUUGGUCCUGGUGGUCGGCGGAGUCACCUUCAUCCUGGGCUUCGCCGGCUGCGUGGGAGCGCUGCGAGAAAACAUCUGUCUGCUCAAGUUUUUUUCGGGAGUGAUCGGCUUCAUCUUCUUCCUGGAGCUGACGGCGGCGGUGCUAGCCGUGGUGUUCCAGAGUCAGGUCCGAGCCUGGAUCAACGAGUUCUUCCUCGCUAACGUCAAAGCGUACCGAGACGACAUCGACCUGCAGAACCUCAUCGACUCGCUGCAGAAGAUGAACUUCUGCUGUGGAGCUCAGGAUCCGUCUGACUGGGAUCAGAAUGCGUACUUCAGCUGUAACGGGACUCACCGCAGCAGAGAGAAAUGUGGCGUUCCUUUCUCCUGCUGCGUCACUGAUCCUGCUGACUCGGUGGUGAACACUCAGUGUGGCUACGACGUCAGAAACAGACAGAAGGGCAAGUGGGCCGAGCAUAUUUACACCAAAGGCUGCAUCGCUGCAUUAGAGGACUGGUUACCUGGAAACCUUUACACUGUGGCCAUCGUCUUCAUCGUCAUCUCUCUGCUGCAGAUGGUUGGGAUCUACUUGGCCAGGACUCUGAUCGCCGACAUCCUGAAAGUCAAAUUUAGUUACUGAGCCUGUCUGCGGGGGCGGGACCUCCACCUGUGGGGGGCGGGGCCUCCACCUGCGGGGGGCGGGG